UCAGUUAGCACGAGAAUUAGAAUUAUGAAAGCCACCUGCUCAGACGGGGACUCUGUUACAAUAUGUGGAUGACCUGUUAAAUGCUACAGAAACAAAGGAAGAAUGUGUCCAGUGAAUGGUGGGACUAUUGAAUUUCUGGGACUGAAUGGUUAUCGGGUAUCCAGACAAAAGGCCCAACUAAUCCAAACCCGAGUUUCCUACCUAGGAUAUGAAAUAACAGGAGGACAGAGAGAACUUGGAACUGCCAGAAAAGAAGCCAUUUGCCAGACUCCACGACCAUCGACUGUCAAGGAGCUCCGGACAUUCCUGGGAAUGACAGGAUGGUGCAGACUUUGGACCCAUGAUUAUGGUGUUCUGGUAAGACCACUAUACGAACUGCUGAAGGGAAACCCUCCCUCUUUGGACUGGACUGAUAAAGCAGAGGAGGCUUUUAGAAAUUUAAAGAUAGAGUUAAUGAGAGCUCCAGCUCUGGGACUUCCGGAUGUGACUAAACCGUUUUGGCUAUAUUCCUAUGAAAAACAAGGAAUAGCCUUGGGGGUCCUUGCUCAGAAACUAGGACCAUACAGAAGGGCACUGGCGUAUUUUUCAAAAUAGCUGAAUGAAGUGAGCAAAAGAUGGCCCAGAUGCCUAAGGGAUGUGGCAGCAGUCGUUAUGAAUAUUGAAGAGGCUCGCAAAUUCACCUUGGGACAAAAGAUUACUGUGCUAGUGUCCCAUGUGGUAUCAGCAGUCCUGGAACAGAAAGGAGCCCACUGGUUAUGUCCUUCACAGUUUUUUAAAAUACCAGGCCACCAUUGUAGAACAGGAUGAUAUAGAAUUGUGGUCACUAACGUUGUGAAUCCAGCAUCCUUUUUGCAGGAACCAUCGACAGAACCACCAACACACAACUGCUU